AUUGGCAUCAAUACUUUUCUAAUCGGUCAAGUAGCUUCCGAGAUAUUAAAUAUUGAGAACUAGGAAAGUUGAAGUUUAACCGGCACGGCAACCCCGGAUUUUUAUUUUUUUGAUAUUCCUCCUUACACUGCGGCAAAUUCCAUUUGGAAGAGUAACGGAACUAGUCCAAAUGACGCAGUGCCCGUUAUUCUUCCAAAUGGAAUAUUCCCGCAGUGCAAGGGUAUAUAAAACCCGCUGGCAACUCCGCUGCCAACCGAUUUACAUUCUAGAAUUGACAGCGGGCGAAAAGGUAGCGCUGAAUCUGACAAAGUUUUGAUCUAAUAAAAAAAAAGGAAGUUACUCUAAGACGGUGAAGUGAGUGAAAAAAAAAGAUUUGGAGUGAACAAUUAACAGUGUUCGCGUUAAAAUAGCGCAAGUGGGGUAGAAGGUGGACUCCAGGUGUACAAAAGAAAAGGAGUGCUAGGAUCCGUAUGGUACGCGAUUGGGUGCUCCAACAGCAACAUAUCCCAUUGAUAGCAACCGCCGGCUACAUUGAAGUAGUUAAGGGUAUAAGUGCUGAGGUAAAGUGGACAAAACAACCGCAGGCUACGAAGUCCGGGGUGUCGAAACUGCGGCACAUACAAACACUUAUAUGCAUAUGUCUAAAUGUUGCGCACGGAAUUACCCCAGAUGAAAGGCUUGAGCCCUACUUACUAUUGGAAAAUUCAUCUAGAACGGUUCCUCAUAAAUUGCGACGUAGUUCAUUAGAGCUGCAAUACGCUUUAAACUUUGUAAAAUCUCUUUUAUUUCCUCUAGAAUCCAUUAGGGAUUAGUCCGUAUA